UACUGUGGCAAUGUGCAAGCAAAGGAACACAUGUUGUUUUUUUAAGGGGUAACUGAGCAAUUGCCCACAGCAGCAGAUCGCUCUUUGUUUCAGCCGCUGCUUGGAUCCCCGCGGGGGCUGCAGGUCAGACUCUGUGGAGAAAAAGGACCUAAAACAUCAUUACAGCUUCAUUCACUUUCACACUGAAGUGGAAACCACCCCUUAUGUUUAAAGUUGGAAGCUUAAUGUCUUAUGAGUGAAAUUUACUGUUAGUAUGUGAAUUUGAGAUGGUUAACUUUCAGUCCUGAAGUUUGAUAUUAGUUCAAACUGCAUUGCACUUUUCUGUUUUUGCACACUGCUUCACUCUGCAUCAUUUCAUUGUGAUCUAAAAAUGUGCUUGUAACUAGAAUGACCUCCGCAAGGGCCCAACAGUCCCUUAAAUUAAAUUAAAUCAAGUUUCACCAAAUUUGAUUACCUACAGAUAUCAGCUCCCUAAAUAUACAUGCAUUAUUCAUGCAUCCUUCCACAAGGUUUUGUGGUAAUCUCUCCAGUAGUUUUGGUGUAAUUCUGCUAAAUAACAAACACACCAAUCCCCACUUCCUGUACCAUAGAUAUGGGGCAUUUCUUUUUUAUUCUUUGAGAAUUAUAUGUUAAUCUUGAUGGAAAAUCUUAUUUCGGUGAUAUCUAUGAAAAUGUGAAAUUCGGUGCAGCUUGACUGAAUUUAAAGGGACAGUACGCUCUCUACUGAGUGCCAUUCCAGGUUUUAAAUGUUAUUUCCACAAAAAUAUGUCUUAUAUUGAGGCAAAUGCACAGUGUUCCUGUCUCUGGACGACACAUGUCCUCAUGUCUAUCUGCAUGUGGCAUCUGUGGCAUCAUUCGUAUAUAUAGCAUCAGUGAUACCUUAUCUCCUUGUAAUAUUGUAAAAGUUACACUAUGACUGUGUAGAUUCAAGGAGGGAUUGUUUGGAAAAGACUCCAGACUCAAGUUCUCACAUCUUAGCCACUGAAAAACCUUUAAACACUUUGUUAGUUUCUGCAAUCAGAAGCAUUUUUUUGAAAGAAUAACUACAUCCUCAAAUUCUGUUAGGACCCUCCCUUCACGCACAUUUAAAAAUAAACAAGUAAUAUGUCACACUUUAGUAACUGCCUUUAUACCGUGCAUACAACUAUAACUUUUGUACAGCUUCUCUCAUAUCUUGGUGCCACCAUGUGUGCACACCAAAACAACUUUGUCUGCUUGUCUUAUUUGCUUCCAUUGACCAAACUACACAUAGUUUUUACUCUAAAUAUUACUGCUCACAAUAACAUCAGCGUAAUGCUUCGUGUUUGAAGUUGCAGGACUCAAGACCUGAAGGUUUUUAAGCACUUUGUCAAAGCCUCCUGUUAGAUUAUUCAGCGAUAACCCAGGAAGAGGCUGAAUCGUGCUCUUUCUCUGUCAGCACAAUGGGUUCGUAACUCGCACUAAAAUAAAAAGAAUCGGACAUAGUUUGUGAUUCUGUUGUUUUAAAUUGCAGCCGUGUGCAUGUAUCUUCACUCAUGUGUUCAUCAUGAAUGAGCGAUGGGUUGUGUUUUGACAUGGAGCCAGUAUACUGCAAGGUUGGGAAUGUUUUUGUAUAUUAGACAACACCAGGUGCCAAACCAUAAUCAUAGUCUCCCUUCCCGUCACACAAGCUAGACGACACUUGAUCUUUUAGAUUUUACUGAUGAGCAUGUCACUAAUGAUAACCUUGGGCAAGGCAACAUCAUUGUGUUCUCACACAACUGCAAGAACAUGCACAGUGUGACAAUGUAAAGAAUCCAGACAUCAUUGUGCAUUAUUUGAUUACAUUAAGAAAAUACUUUAUUCUUGGUGUUAGUGUUAUUCACUGACUGAUGCAUUAUUGGCUGUAGUUUCCAGUAAUUAUGUGAAUGUCAGUGAGGAGGUAUGUAAUCCAUUGUCUCAGGUCUGAGCUUCUAAAAUGCAAAUCAAUAGAAGUGGAGCAGCAGGUAGGGUGGCAGUAGACUUAAUUAAAUUUACUUAUGCAUCCAUGUGGGACUUGGUGUGAGUAAGUGUUCUUGUUAUGUCAGUUGUGUGGUUAGAUCUUAAUAUGCAAACUAUAUGGGUGGAGCUAGAUCAUGGUGAAUCCUGGGUGCAGGGAAAAGAUGCAGCUAAAGGCUUUGUCCUUGUUAGAAGAAGAAGUGGUUAUCUGUAGGUGUUUUGCAGAACAACCAGAGCAGAGUAAUUUGAUCUUUAAACUUGAUGGGCAGCUUUUCUUGCAUACUUUCACUUGAAUGCAGUUCUCCGUAACUUAACCAUCCCCUCUUGUGUCUCCCUCAAGCUUCACUCCCAGGGAACUGUUAACCAUCGGCAGUAACGGUGGGGUCGCUUAGGUGCCCGGGAGGUCACGGAGGGCGUGGAGCUGGAUGCAUGAGACGGCUUCAUGGGCCUGAAGGACCAUCUGGAGGAUGGGACAGGCCACAUCCUCAGCCUGGAGCUGGAUCUGGACUACCUCCAUGUGGAAGGUGCUGAGCGUCAGGGGAGUCUGAGCACUGCAACCGAUGCAGGGAAUGUAGGAAUCUCGCAGGUCAGAGCUGGUGCCCCACGUAACAACAGUAUUGGUAGUAGUGGUAAUAGUUUUAGUACUCACUCAAGCUAUAGCAGCAGCAGUAGUUGCAGUAAUUUAUCAGAGGAGAGUGCAGUAUCCGACAGUGAAGAUGAGCGAAUCCAGAAUCGGUCAGAGUUUCAAAAUCCUCAUCGAGAUCAGCCUCACCAACACCACCAAGAGUCCUCCUCUGCCUGUCAGCCGGUCAGGCUGGACCUGACACAGCCAGAAACAGCAGCUCCGACCGACCCUGUCACUGACUGCCGCACCAAGGUGGAGUUUGCUCUCAAGCUAGGUUAUUCUGAGGAGCUGGUGCUGCUGGUGCUGAGGAAACUGGGCACAGACGCACUCAUCAAUGACAUCCUGGGAGAGCUGGUCAAACUGGGAACCAAGACAGAGAUGGAGCAGCAAGGAGGUGCGACUGUUUACCAGUCUCCCUCCACCUCUUUAUCAUCCUCUUUGGCCUCCUCCUCCUCCUUCAGCUCCUCUCUGGACUCCUGUCGGCUGCUGUGUGCGUCCCAGCUGCUGGAGGACAAAGAUAACCUUCGGCCUGUUGUGGUGGAUGGGAGCAACGUAGCCAUGAGUCACGGAAAUAAGGAAGUGUUCUCGUGUCAAGGCAUCCAGCUGGCUGUUGAUUGGUUCUUAGAACGAGGUCACCGUGACAUCACUGUUUUUGUUCCUGCCUGGAGAAAAGAGCAGUCGCGGCCCGAUGCUCUCAUCACAGACCAGGAGAUCUUGAGGCGACUAGAGAAAGAGAAGAUCCUGGUCUUCACUCCAUCUCGACGUGUGCAGGGACGUCGUGUAGUUUGCUACGACGACCGCUUCAUCGUCAAACUGGCCUACGAGUCCGACGGCAUCAUUGUCUCUAAUGACAACUACCGCGACCUUGCCAAUGAGAAGCCAGAGUGGAAGAAAUUCAUCGAUGAGCGUCUGCUGAUGUACUCCUUUGUAAAUGACAAAUUCAUGCCACCAGAUGACCCACUAGGACGUCAUGGACCCAGUCUGGACAACUUUCUAAGGAAGAGGCCUGUUAUUCAAAGGAAGCAGCCGUGCCCUUAUGGGAAGAAGUGCACAUAUGGCCACAAGUGCAAGUUUUACCAUCCUGAAAGAGGCAGCCAGCCCCAGCGUGCCGUGGCUGAUGAGCUCCGAGCCAGUGCCAAAAUUUCAUCAGCCACUUCCAGAGGCCUGCUGGAAGACACCCUGAUGAUAAAGAGCCAAAGUCCUGGUCAAGGUCACAGAAUGGCUGAGGCCGAGCCAAGUCAGGGCACUCCAAAGAAACAACCAAACCCCAGCCCCCGAAGCUCCUUCAGUGACCUCCUGGAAGACAGGCUUCAGGUUCAGUCCAAAGUGGAAGGACAGAAGGGAAGCAGCAGCAGCAGCAGCAGCAAUAGUUGUAGCAUCAAAUUUUUAGGGUAUCCUGCUCCAGGGGCACCUCCUUCAUCAGGAAACCUGGACAAAUGGGAAUACCCUGGGGGAAGUUCCAGGUUUGCUGGAGCCUCGGGACCAAGUCAGGCCGACACUUACCACAGAUGUCAGUCUCCAGAGGUCGGCUACAGCUCUCUGGUAAAGGCAUAUUCAAGCCUCAAUCUGGUUAUGCCACAAAGUCAUGAAUGCUUCUUCCCAGCUGAUCUGCGAGCAGGCUUGCUGUCAGAUUGUAGCAGUGAAGGCAGCGUCAGCUCGGACUCCUUCUCCCCUGAUCCCUUAUUAGAUGAUGGCCCCAAGUGCCACCAUCACCACCACCAUCCUCAUCACCAUCAUCACUGCUCUGGCCAGUACACCCGUCCUACAAGUCGUGUCCCACCUGGAUUGGGCCAUCGUGCUCCUCAUGGCUAUCCCAUUCCUCUAGCAUUGCAAAGACAGCGUGAUUUUGGCUGGGAAGACCCUUCAUCUUCUGUUAAGUGUCACGCAUCUCCACAUCCUUUCAAAAGCCCAUCGGCCUAUGUUGCACCCCACCUUCAGUAUUCGUCACCGAGCUGUUUUCCAGGGGAAUUCCCAGCUAGUCCACGAUGCCCACCCCAGACCUCACCUGCCCACUCCCACUCUCAGAGCUCCUCCCUUGGCCGAAAUCUGAUGGGCUCCCUUUGGCAGGAUGGUGGGUUCCCGGACUCCCGAGUGUACGAAGGGUCACCACUUCAUUCCCGAAGAAACUACACUUCACUAAACCAACAACCACUGCCGCACAUAAACUGGGAGCCCCAAUACCAGCAGUCGCCCAAGUCCUGCUAUGAUCUGUUUGCCUUGCAGAGCAGGGGGAGGGAAGCUCAUUCAUCGCCCCACGGCCUCUCAACAUCGAGUCUUCCACCACUCCCGCAGCUGCCCCUCACAUCCAUCUCUCCCCACAAAAGCGACCUGCCCCCAGUGUCCCAGCACCAGGAUCCCCCAACCCUGGGUCGAUACCAGGACCUGAGAGAGAGGAUGUUUGUUAACUUGUGUUGCAUCUUCCCUCCAGAUUUAGUGAGAAUGGUGAUGACAAGAAACCCUCAUGUGAUGGAUGCUCAGGAGCUCGCGGCUGCAAUUUUGAUGGAGAAAAUGCAAAUCUAGCAAAGAGGAUUAGAUUACAGCUUCAUCCUAACUGAAGUCUCUUCUGCAGAGUCAUCCACUGCAAUUAUCUUAAUUAUUUAAGUCAGGUUGGACACACACAAGCCAAAACCAUAAGAUAUAAGGCUCCCUAAGCCGGUGAUGCUUAUGGACAGCUUAUUUGCACUGCAGGAAAGUUGUGUCAUUAAUUUUGAUGGUGUUUUUGUAAAGGGAAAUCCCCGAAAUUGCCAUAUUUUUCUAUAUGUCGAAUUCCAGCACUUAAGACACCAGUGUGCUUAGGGAGGCUUUUUAAUGUGUAAGGGUGACAGUGUUGUUCAUUUUGAAUUAAUUUAUUUGUUAUAUUUUAAGUUAUUUACAUAUUUUAAAUUUAUUAUGUUUUUGGCACUUUUUGUUAACGUUAUUUUAUUUGGGGGGGGGCGCAAUCAUAUCAGGGUAUAAGUACUGUUCAAAUUCGUCCAUGAGAUCUGUGAGAGAUUCUCCACUCACUGAGACGACAACAACAUCGAUUGUCAUCGCCUCAUCGCCAAUAACUUCCCACUGUAUUUUUCUACUGUGACAGGUGACAGAUCAGCUGCUCUGGUGAUGUUUUGUGGAUUUCCCCCCACAGGGAAGUGAAACUUUGCAGCACCCACAAAAAGAAGAGAGCUGAAAGUCCGGUCGAAAAACCCUGAGCCGUUGUUCUCUUUUGAAUUGUUUCCUCUGUUAGAGUUUAGCUCUGUCAGCUGACUUCACAGCUCAUCAGCUUUCAUUGCGGAUUUUUUUUCAAUAACCAGCCCUCUGUUCUUUUCCCAUUCUUUAAAUGAAGUCAUAUCAAAGUGACUGUCAAAAGCCUGGUCACCAGAAAUGUUUAGAUGGAAGGUGGUUGGUAUAAUUUCCUUCAUUCUAAUAUGAAAUGUGUGUUAAUUUAUCACCUUUUUAAUGUGUGUGAAUGUCGGGCACACCAGUGGAGAGUCUCGCUGCCUCCUGCAGGGUCUCACUCUUAUGUCUUGAAAAUGCCAGAAACCGUCUGGCAAGAAUCUGGGAAACACUUUUUAAAAAUUUUCCAACAGAUUCUGUUACCAGAGAAUUACUGUCACCACAGUGGGGACACUAAUAGAUGUGCUACUUUUUUGUCCCAACAAACUUUACCUGGAGGCACUAAUAAUCUGAUUGGUUAGAUUAAAACUCAGUGGUUUAACCCUAGAAUGUAUAAAGAUGGCCGACAUGACAGCUCCCCUAAAGUGAAGCCAAAUCAUGUUGAUCGCACCCUGGUGGCUGGCUGCAGUAUAGGUCAUAAACGCCUCCCCCUCCAUAUUAGUAGAUGGCGCAUCAAUAUUCUAACAAGGAAUUGGCCCCUGGGGGCAACGGACAAUAAUUCUGGGCUGUAGACAGUGGGUAUGUGGGCCAAGCAUUCGGACCUUGAUGCCACGGCGCCACUCCACAAUCACUACUGCACAGACUCUGGCCCCAAAUUACAUCAAAAGUGCAAAACGGCGCCACCUGUAUUUGAGAUAUUGAAGCUUCAUUACACAAUGGGUUGUCGUUCAUCUUUACAGUCUGUGGGUUUAACACAAAUUUUGAAAUAGGCUAUUUAUACAAACACAGCGAUAAUUUUCAUAUUACUUUCAAAGACCAAUCUUUUGAACUAAGUAAUAUUCAGUAUCAGUAUUAUUAUUAUAGCAAUUUAUCAUAUCAUCAAUAAAAUGUCAAAUCACAGCAAAAAUGGGAAACAAUUCCUUAUCUUUAACAACUUCCUCUUAUUUAUCUGCCUUCUCUUUAAAAGUAUUAUUAAGUUUCCUUCUCCCAAUGUAAAGCACUUUGGGCUGCAUCUAUUGUCUGGAAUAAUUCUGUGAUUAUUUCCACCAAUGGGAUUGUUGUAAUAUGUGAGGAACUGUUUGUAAAAACAAAACUCUGCCCUGGUCUGCAUCAUAUCUUGUAGCCAGAUGACACCUCUGUUUGUUGAUACAAAUUGUAUCCUAUAAACUUUUUAAUUAAACAAGAUCAUUGUUUUAUAUGAGAAUAUUUAAACAAAAAAAUAUUUCGAGUUGAAAAUUUUGAGUAUUGGUGGCAAACUUUGUCACCUUUGGUAUUUAGACUUUAUUUAUAUGAGGGGCUUUUUAUUCCCCUUUUUUUCCAAGUGCAGGGAAGAGAAUGUCUCAAAUGCACAUUUUGGAAACAGAAACUUUGCUGUUAUAUGAUGCUGAAAGUAACCAGCGUUAAAUGUGUUUUACGUUGUGGUUGUGAGGAAAACUGAAGCUUCUUAGGGUCAUACUCUGCAGUAUUUAACAGUCUUAGAGCCAAGACGGUUGCAAGUGCAGUAAAAAGAUGUUUUAAUGACCUUGGUUCACCUUUCGAAUUUGUGCCUCAGGCUCCAGAUGUUUAGUGACACCUCAACCACAACGAUGAAAGGUGUGGCUCUCAGGAACAAGUCUGCAGUCGUCCCUGUUGAUUCAGUGGACUUUCUGACGUUGUCGUGCUAUGAUGUGAUCAGGUGCUCUCGUCCUGCCGGUCUGGCACUGUGUGCUGCUGUUUGCUGCAGGGAUGAGACACUUGACAUUUGAACUAAACAAACGUGGUGCUGUGUGAACACUCUUGUGCAUAUUAAUUACAAUAACAUAUUAAGUGUAUGAGGGGAAAACCUAUUUUUCUACUGUCAUGACCUUGUUAAAGAGCUGUUUUUCUAAUUGUGAGUGUUUAUCUGCAAGAAUGUUGUCGUCAGCGACCGUGUUGCACACUUUGCUGAGUGUUCUGGUGUAAUAACUUGAUUCAAUGAGUUCAGACUAAAACAUGAGGCAAAUCUCUGUGUUUUUUUGUCGUCUUUGUUUUUCCCAGCGAACAGCUGAUGCAGCAGCUAUGCAGACUUUACCUGUUUGUUUUGUUAUCCCGCCAAACGUGUGUGUGAACUCGUGAAAGAGUUUGUCUUGUGCUGACCUCAAAAAUCUCAGUCGUUCUCCUGCAGUAUCUCCCCUUUCUCUGACAGGUAAGUUGAGUUGUCAGAAACAUAGUGAACUUGUGGAUGUUCAGGUGUUAAUGUUGACGAUGGGUUUGAUGUCCUUCACAAUCCCAGUACACUAGAAAUGUUUACAUGGACAUCAAUAUUCUGAUGUGACAUCUACACACAACAGUUAACAACUGCUCGAUGACAAAUAUCUUGAGUUUGAGUGUAAACAAGUAGCGGGACGUAAUGUUGACGUGAGUUAUAAUCAGACUGCUUUUUAACAUGUUAACAGGAAUAUGAAUGGAAUAUUCUACUAGCUAUAAACAUCAUAAUUAAAAUAAAGUCUAAUUCUGAGUAAGGUAAAUACUGUCCAUGUCGAUGUAGUGAAUAGAAAUUCAAGUACUGUAUCUCGCUAAUCAAAGGUUUUAAAUGUCAAUACAGCCUCAGUGAAAAGGGCCUUUUGACUUUUGUUCAGUAAGUUGUGAAACUUCAGCCGAGCAGCACUUCAUUUUUGUUUGUACCUGUACUUUGGUCGUAUAAAACUGCAGUACCAUCGAGUUAAAGUCAUUAUUUUCUCACCUGCCACUAUCUAUUCAACAUUUUCCUUAUUAAUUCAUUUAUUUUUCCGAUGGCUACUCUGACGUGAACUUCUGUCCACACUUGUUGUAUUUAAUUAUUCAGUGUUUUAACAGAUAAAACUCUGUAUUUUUGUAAUUUGUUGCUUAUAUGACUAAAUCGGCCUUAUUUUCAACUUUUCUUAUCCAAUGGGAAGUUAAAUGUAAAAAUAUCUACUAUGUCCCUGUUUAUCUCGGUACAUUCCCACCCUUAUUUCUAAUGUGCUUUAAUACAGUUUCAUUUACGGUGUAGAAUUUAUUUAAGUGCUGUUUUUUUCGGGGACCAAAGCCAAGUAAAAAAAUCUGUUUAUUGCCGUCCAAUGUUUCCCCCUUUUCUCAGGUCAGUGGUAGUUAUUUAAAACCAAAGCUGUCAUAUGUACAACUGUGCUGAUUCAGAAGGUAUAUUGAAGUCAGAUUGUUUUUAAAAUACCUAUUUACGUCUCAUGAGCGAUAUUACCAAAAGAUAUUUCUAUAAGGUGAUAUUACAUUUGUAAGUGAAGGAUGUGCCAAGCCCAAAUAAAUGAUCCAUAUUAGGAGAAAGAAGAGAAAACAAACAAACUUGAAAUUCAAAUGAAAUCCAUUGAAGUGACUUUGUAAUUCAUUGAUUCUGUAUGACUGUAAGA